CACGGUUUCUGAUUACGAUAAUCGACGUGGCACCUGAUGGUCAUUUAAAAAUACUCGAAUAGCCGUCUGUAAGCAGUAACUGUAGUGUUUGUGCAGCUAUGCUCCAAUUUGAGAUCAUAAACGGCGUCUCCAUUAUUUUAGCUAGGUACUAGCUUACAGCGCUAGCUGCUGGGCUCUAAAGGGAAAGCAAUAGUGCUACGGAUUUAAGUAACCUUUGCUAUGAACUCCUCCUCAUCUCAGCCUUCAUCUUCAAGCUCUUCAUGCAGAACACUACCUGGAGAUGGGAAUCAGGUUCAACCAAAACCUCCUCUCCUCCAGAUUCUGCGAGUCGCUGGAGCCCAAGAAGAUGUCUUCACACCUAAGGAGGUGAUGCACUACCUGGGUCAGUACAUCAUGGGAAAGCAGCUAUACGACAAACAGAGGCAGCACAUCGUCCACUGCCAAGAUGACCCUCUGGGCGAACUGCUGGAAGUUGAUAGCUUCUCUGUCAAAAAUCCAAGCCCAGUGUAUGAAAUGCUAAAGAAGAACUUGGUUGUGCUUGAUUGUAGUGACGCUGCAGAGAAUCUUUCUGUGGGCCGAGAAUGUAUAGAGGGCGGAGUGGAGGAUCGUGGUCAGAUUUGCCGAGGAGGUGUGAUCCCAACAGGAGCGAUGGCCAGCAGGGAUGUGCCUCUCCUGCUGACACCCUCACAGAGACGACCGCGCGAGCCAGAUGAUGAGUCUCUUGAAGGCCUGCCACGGUCAGCCUGCAAACGGCCCAAACUGGACGUCAAUCUGGAUGACUGGGAUCUCUCUGGCCUCCCCUGGUGGUUUCUGGGUAAUCUGCGCAACAACUACAGCCGCAGGAGCAAUGGUUCCACUGAUAUCCAUACAAACCAGCUGUCUCUGUUACAGGAGGAGGACACGGCCAUCGUGUCAGACACUACAGAAGAUCUUUGGUUCCUUACGGAGGGCGAGAGCGAACAAGUGAGUGUGGAGAUGAAAGAAGCUGCUGUGGAAGAAGGCAGUGGAGGAGAAGGAGAAGGUUCCUUUGAGGAGGACUGCGGAGGAGCAAAGGAGGAGAAGGCCGACAGAGAGAUGCAGGAGGAGCAGGACGAAGACUCGCAGUGUCUGAGCGAUGACACGGACAUAGAGUUCUCCACACAGGAUGCGUGGCAGUGUACGGAGUGCAAAAAGUACAACACGCCUCUUCAGAGAUACUGCGUUCGCUGCUGGGCUCUACGCAAAAACUGGUUCAAAGACGUCCCUCGCCUCGCACAUUCCCUGUCGGUCCCCGACAUCCCGGCGUGUAGUUCCCGCGCCCAAGACGACGAAGACGACAGCGACGCCGGCAUCGACGUUCCAGACUGCACCAGGACCGUGUCCGACCCCGUCAUCCUGCCCUCCCACUCAACAGCUGACCGCCCUUUGCCCCCCAUGGCUGCAAACAAAGGCAAAGGGCCGCAGUCUUUAGGCUCUCACAAGGAGGAGCAGCUCUCGGAGGGAGAAAGUCAGGAAAGUCUGGGAAUGGAGUUCGAAGACGUCCGACCCGAGGCGCUCCUGGAGCCCUGCAAGCUGUGCCGAGUCCGACCGCGAAACGGAAAUAUCAUCCAUGGAGGCACCGCCCACCUGCUUACUUGUUUUCCGUGUGCGCGGAGGCUUCACAAGUUCCAGGCUCCGUGUCCGGGAUGCGGGAAGAUUAUUCAGAAAGUUAUUAAGAUAUUUAUCCUUUAGAAAGCUCGCAAACAGAUUCAACCUAACACAGAGAGUCGACACAUUUAUAAAUAAAGCUGUGUAUAUGUCACACAUGAAGGCAGGAAAGUGCACUGUACAGAAACAGAAUCCAGCACUUGUGAAGCUUGUUUAGGGGCAUUUUUGAAAGGACAUAAUUGAACAUUUGCUUUGCUUCCACGUGUAAAUAAGGUUUGUAGUAUUUAUUUAUUUAUGGGGAAAUAUAGUAUAACUAUAUGAAGGUUCUGUUUUCCCUUCUCUGUUCUACCAGUUCUACUUUUUUAAGGUUUUUUUUCUCCUUCGUGUCUUACUUUGUGCCACUUCCACUGCUUUUUCUGGUGUUUGGGAGUUUUGACCUACAAAGACUUAAUUUUCCUCUUAAAUUACUGAUUUAAUUCUAUUCUAGCUAUCUAUUGUAAUAUGCAUUUGGAUUUGCUUAAAUUCUCGCCCUGUCAAACAGAAUAAUAACUAUCUUAAGUUUUCCUUUCAAGGCAGGCUGAUGUUCAUGUUCUAUAUUGCUUAUAAUCUAAUGGAGUAAGUUAAAUUUGUACUUUCGUGUUAGAGUUCUGGCUCAAUUGUACGAAAUUGCUUAAUGUAUUUAUUUAUAAUUAACUUUUAAUUUUAAAGGGCAACUUUGAAGCAGAAAAAGCUACUCUUGUACUCUGUUAUUAACGUGUUAUUCCUGAGAAAUGGACAGAAAGUGUACAUAAAGUACCUCAACUUUAAAGGACAGCAAAGUACUUGGUGAGAAGUUUGAUUUAAGCGUUCCACUGCCAUAACUGACCUUAAAUUUGUGAAUAUGAUUAUUUUUGGUUUAUUUUUCCUUGAGGUUCUAUUGCUUUGUUAUCAGCUCUUUUGUUUGAAUUGAGUGUGCUGCAGUUAAUUCCUUUUUUGCUUAAAAUCAUUUCGGCACAUGAGAUGCAGCUCUGUUCAUUUAAGAAAACUAAUAUUCUUUUUCUAAUCCGGUUCAUUUGAUCAUUUUAGCUUUUUGCCAGCAGGUGAAAUCAGUAGAAAGUCAGUGCUAACCUGUGAUUUGUGCUUGCAGCAUGCCUUGUAGCACCUGGAGCCCUCAGUGCAUGUUUAUGAGCUAUAUUAGCUGUGUAAAAAUUGCAGAACAUCAAACUUCAUUGCAAAAGCAGCUUAUAGCCCAAACCUUCGUGCAUAUUAUAAAAGCGGUUUAAAUAAUUGCAGUUACAGAUGUUAGUGACACUAUUCUCAAAUGUUUUAUUUAAUUGUUGCAAAUAAAAGAUUUUAAGCAGUAAAAA